AUGAUUCGUCGAAAUCCAACGCGUAUAGAAAUUCGUCAAGAAGACGUUGAACAUCUUCAAACGCUUCGUCAAGAAUAUAAGAAAAAACUUUCCCAAAAACCUGUUUCCAGUGGCAAGGGUAAAAGAAAAAGUAUGGAAGUUGAGGAAGAUAUUGAACAGAAUGUAUUUCAAACUGAACAACCUAGAGUAGAAAAACAAGAAACUAUAGUGGGUACAGAAGAACUUCGAAAUAGGAAAAAGAAUUUGACUAUAGAAGAAAGAAUUGGAUUAUAA